GACCAACCUCCCUCUUUUCUUACAGAUAGAACUGUCCCAAUAUGUCUGUAAAAACAAAGAUACUAUAUCUUCUAAGCUUGAUCAUUGCUGUGGAUUGCCUCUGGUGGAGAGACCAACAUGCCUUCAUGGUUUGGAAAAUGAUGAGAAGCCUGCUCCUCCAGACCACCCAUCCAAACAAAUCAUAAAUGAGGCAGAAGCAUGUCAAUCUUAUAAUGAACAUGCAGAUGAACACCUGGAAAGCUUUCUCUUUAACUUAACAAGAAGCCACCUUGAGCUUUCUAAACUGUUUGAUGUGGAAAUUUUCCUAAGAUAUAAAGACUUGUUGGGCCAAUGCUGCAAACUGGAAGAUCAUGCACAGUGUUUGCAUACAGGGGAAGAACAACUUGAAUCGCUCAUUACUAAGAUUGAGGACGUUGUGAAGAAAAAUUGUGAACACUAUAAAAAAAUAGGAGGGUACUUCUUCCAAAAUGAACUCUUGGUCAAGUAUACCAGGAUUAUGCCCCAGCUGCCAUCUUCAAAACUGAUUGAGUUCACAAAUGAAUUGGCACAAGCUGCUGAGGAAUGCUGCAAAUUCGAUAAUCAUCACCAAGUGUCAUGUGCUUUAGAAGAUACGGAUAAAGCGAUAGGAUCUAUAUGCCAGUAUCAUAAAGAGCAUCACAUAAACAAACAGGUUUGCCAUUGCUGUGAUUCCCCCUUCAUCAAACGUUGGGAAUGUAUCACUCACUUAGGACCAGAUCCAGACUAUGUCCCUCCUGCUACAUUCAAACCUCAUGUAAUGGAUCACCCUGAGGUUUUGUGCUCAACUGACGAACACAUUGUGCAGGAAAGUAAACAAGGCUUGCUUAUCGACUUGAUCGAAUUUUUGCCUCACAUCUCAGACAAUCAGCUGGCAAAUGCAACCAUCGGUUUCCAUCUCCUCCAGGCAGAGUGCUGUGCAGAUGAACACAAAAGGGAAUGCUUUGACUCAAAGGUAUAUCUUUCAAAAGGAGUAUGGGUGGGGAAAGUUCAGGAAAGACUUUUGCCUUGCUCUUCCCCCCAAAUUUAGAGUUACCUUCAUUAA